AUGGGUCAGAUCCCAGAUAUUGACGGACAGCCUGACGUGAGAGGUACUCCGAGUAUAGCUGGAAUGAAAGAUUUGCUGCACCAGAUUGGACAUUCUACUGCUGAAGUUGAUGAGCUCAACAUUGUACACGUUGCCGGGACCACGGGCAAAGGCAGUACCUGUGCGUUCACCGAGUCGAUACUGCGAGCUUUCGGUAAGAGGUCGGGUUUCCCCCGAAAAACCGGCCUCUAUUCCUCUCCACCUCUGAUAUACCCGGAAGAGACGAUCCGUAUCAACUCGGGGCCGAUAUCCAGGGACUUGUUCACGAAGGACUUUUUUGAAGUAUGGGACAUUCUGGAGAAGGCAGAGAAACCACCUCGAUAUCUGCAGCUUCUCGCUCUUACUGCCUUUCAUACGUUCAUCGCCGAAGGCGUCGAGGCUGCCGUCAUCGAGACCCAUAAUGGAGGUGAGUACGAUGCUACGAACGUUGUCGAACACCCUGUUGUCACCGUCAUUACUCCCAUAGGGCUGGGCCACGUGGCGCACCUGGGGCCGUCGAUCAGACACAUCGCCUGGCACAAGUCGGGGAUCCUCAAAGACAGAGCUGCGGCUAUCUCUGCCGCUCAAGUUGAAGAAGUUCGUACAGUCCUCGAGGAGCGGGCAGCUGCCAAGCAUCUUCAAAUGCGGUUUGUUGACGACGAUUCUGAGCUGCCACGAGGCUCGCCAAAGCUGAGGCCGGAAGUCUAA